AAAGACACAUUUAAUAUUAAUGAACUGGCGAAUUGGCUCCAACUCGCGUCAGUCCCGCUGCGCGACUACUGGAGGCUGGCGGACUUCCUUCAACAUUAUUUCUGCGUAACGGGGUAAAAAGAAAAAGUAGCCCCCCAAAAAUGUUGCCGACCCACUGCGCGGCGACUGGCUGAAUGGAGGCAGCCCUGUCAUCGAGCGGAGAUCGUGCAUUCCUGGGCCAAAGACAGCAACACACACACCGAGCGGCGUGUUGAGUUCUCCGAAGACGUCCAGCCCUCGGCCUCCCCAUGCCUCCAUCUCCCCUUGACGACAGAAUUGUGGUGGCGCUGCCAAGGCCGAUCCGACCUCAGGAACUCCAACUGCGACUGGACACCAGCUACCUGGACUCCAUCGCCUCCACCAGCAGCGACAAUACGGUCAUCAGCACCACCGUGGUGAAGAUUCGGGCGACGGCCAAUCUUGUGACGUAUAUGCCCUCAUCCAAGGGUUCCACGCGCUCUUUGUCGUGUGGAUGCAGCAGUGCCAGCUGCUGCUCGGUGACCACCUAUGAGAAGGACAGCCCGAGCCUGAACCACAGUCAGGUGAGUGCCAGCAGCCCCAACCUCAGCUAUGCCGGACCCCCUAUGCUCAGCAACCACGAAGCAUUGAGCGCCUCCAGCCUCGCCCAGGGCGCACCCAAGGCGCACCCGUCCACCACUGUGAGAGUCAUCCACCCCAAUGAGCUGGCAAAGCGGGUGACCUGCUGCCCCAUGGGUCACCCCAUCGGGCCCGUGCCGGUCAUCAUCGACUGCCGAGCCUUCACGGAGUACAACAAGAGCCACAUCCGGGGGGCGGUGCACAUCAACUGCUCUGACAAGAUCAGCCGGCGGAGGCUGCAGCAGGGAAAGAUCACUGUUCUGGACCUCAUCUCCUGCCGGGAGGGCAAGGACUCAUUUAAGGGCAUCUUCUCCAAAGAAAUCGUGGUCUACGACGACAGCACCUCGGACCCCAACAGGCUGGCGCCCUCGCAGCCUCUCCACGUGGUCCUGGAGUCGCUAAGGAGGGAGGGAAAAGACCCCAUCAUUCUCAAAGGAGGCCUUAGCUGCUUCAGGCAGAGCCACGAGAACCUGUGCGAACACUCGCUGCACCUUCAUGAAGGUCUGGACUCGGGCGCAACUGCCGGCCUCUCGGGGGCGCUACCUCACACCCUGCCCUCCACUCCGGACAUCGAGAACGCAGACGUGACGCCCGUGCUGCCCUUCCUCUACCUGGGCAAUGAGCGUGACGCUCAGGACAUCAACUUGCUGCAACACUUGAACGUCGGAUACAUCCUAAAUGUCACCACCCACCUUCCGCUUUUUCACUAUGACACUGGCCUGUUCAUCUACAAGCGCCUGCCUGCCACCGACAGCAACAAGCAGAACCUUCGCCAGUACUUCGAGGAGGCAUUUGAAUUUAUUGAGGAAGCACACCAAGCUGGUAUGGGCCUUCUGAUCCACUGCCAGGCCGGCGUGUCUCGUUCCGCCACUAUUGUCAUCGCCUACUUGAUGAAGCACACCUGGAUGACCAUGACGGACGCCUACAAGUUCGUCAAAACCAGGCGGCCCAUUAUUUCCCCCAACCUCAACUUCAUGGGCCAGCUGCUGGAGUUCGAGGAAGACCUCAACAACGGAAUCACGCCACGGAUCCUCACGCCAAAGCUGAUGGGUGUGGAAACUAUUGUCUGAACUGCUCGCAUCACUCACUGGGUAUUGAGAAUGGAAUGUGAGUAAGCCCCUUUUUUUCCCGUUUUUUUUUUGUUCUGAAUCUCCCCGUCUGUGCUCGUCUUGGACUCUGCAGAGUGCCAAAGCUGUGGGUCAGCAAAUCUGUGGGUCAGAACUGAUGAGGAAUGCCAAAAUAUCACGACUGUUUGGACCUGGCCGACGUCCUGGAGGAGAGCAUGAGUUUGAGAUGUUGAGACAGAGGGAGUGAGAAUGUGCUUGCUUGGAAAAGUUCCAUGUGGGACUGUAGAGGAGCAAGUGUGAGACAGGAGAAGUUCACACUUCACACUGUGGCACACAUCUUGGCGGGGCUGGCAAAUGGUGGUGCCAGUUAAAGAAAAAGAAAAUAAACAGUUGAAGACA